GAUCACCGCCAUGUCGCCACGUGCGCGCGCAACGUUGCCCACGGCCUUCCUCGUCCUGGCGGUCGCCGUCACGAGCCUCGCCUGGCGGAGCCGCGCCGUGAGCUUCGCGGUGCUGACGCCACGGCCGGCCCAGAAGGCAGCCCAGGAGGCCCAGGAGGCGGUCGAUUUCAGCCAGAUGACUGGGCCUGGGAUUCUUCAUGAGAUGAUUGGCGAGUAUGCUUUGCCAAAACCUGUGGUCCUAUCACCCCAUGGUCAACUGCGAGUGCAAGAGGACCUGGGAGUGAACGUCACAGUCGUUGGAGACGAGGCUUACAUCGUGUCCCCUCAACAUUGGUCCAACUAUCGUCCCUUGGGCUUGGUGGAAGAGACGUACCUGCGAGACAUGGAGGGCGAAACGGUGAGCCACGAGGAAAAUCCGGGCAUUCGCGUUGAACCUGACUUUGUGUCAGAAGCAGAAGAGGAUCAUAUCAUGGCCGAGCUGAUCGAAUUGGCUUCGACUUUUGGCUAUGACUUUGCCGCGGAGGAGGAGGCUGCUUCCUCCGCGUCGUGGAGAAUGACGGGCCGCGAUGAGAAGAAAACGGACCUUCCGUUGGCCCCUUGGGGAUGGGGUAAAGACUUUCAUGAAAGUAAGCUCCCCAGCGGCCUUCGCUCGGUGGUAGAGAAGCUGCAGUCCUUACCUGGCUACCCCUUGGGUCCGAUCCGUGACGUUACGGUGAACAUCCGCUCCAGUGAUGACUAUCAGAUGGUGCCGCAUGUAGAUCCCCUUCUAGAUGGUCCCAACAGCUUUGUACUAUCUUUGCUCAGCAGCGCUGUGGUCACGUUUUCGCCCAUUGCGACGUUGAGAACAGAAAUUGAGCGGGCCAACGACGACGAGCAAUAUGCUCAGCACUCUUACACUGACGACGACAUCGAUUGUUUGGUUCCCAGACGUGCCAUCUACCACUUCGCGGGUAACGCCAGAUACCUUUGGACCCAUGCUGUGCGGCCCUCCGUUUCGGCAGGAGAUGGGACAGAUGGAACCUUUGAACGCUGGGGCACCUGGGAUAAAGUCUUGAGAAGAGAAAAGAAUCGCGCAGCCAUUAUUUUUACCUUUGCAGAUCCUAUGUGACGAAAGGAUGGGGCCCCCGUUCGAGCUCGCGUUCAGUUGCCGAAAAAAA